AUGCCUGUGCCGCCGCCGCCACCACCGCCUCCUCCACCGCCUCCACCGCCUUCUGGAGGGCCCCCUCCACCACCACCUCUGGCAAGUUCAGAACUACCAAAAUUGCGAAAGGAAGACCAAAAAGCACGAAAUGCACUGUUGGCUGAUAUCCAGCAGGGAACUCGCUUAAGGAAAGUGACUCAAAUCAAUGACCGAAGUGCACCGCAGAUUGAAAAACCCAAAGGAGCUAACAGAAAUGGAGGUAAUCCAGCCAUUAAUAAAGGUGGUUCUCAGCCCCCUCUGGGGGGCUUAUUUGCUGGCGGCUUUCCUGUUCUCAGACCAGCAGGCCAGAGAGACCUGCCAGCUGGGAGGCCUGGGCAGCUUCCUGGCAUCCGAGCAGUGGCUCCGAAGACCACAGCCCCACCAAACAGCACCGCAAAGGCGGGCAGUAGCCCCCUAAGCCCACCCGAAGGCCUGCGGGCAGCUGUCCUGCCAGAGCCUCCAAGCACCCCACGAGCUGGUGCCGCGCGGCCCAGCUUGCCUGCGCCUCCUCCGCCACCUCCAGCUUCCAGCAAACCUUCCCUCACCUUCCCUCCUCCUCCGCCUCUCCCCCCUCUGGCAGACAGGCCUUUCAAGGGGGUAGCCCCCAGCUCCGCUCCUCUGCCCCCGCUCCCUCCUCCUCAGGCUGACAAACCCAAGUUUCAAGUAGGUGCUUCACACCCGCCGCCGCCUCCUCCUCCUCCCCUACCCCCCUGUGGAUUUCCAGCCAGGACAGCCGAUUUCCCUGCUGCUGCUUCCUCUCCAUCCGAAGGAAGGGAUUAUCCACCUCCCACACCGCCUCCACCACCACCUCCUCCUCCUCUCCCCGUGCAUCCUCCUGCCUUGAACAGGCUCUCCUUUCCACCCCCCCCAGCCUUCAGCAGCACUGCCAGCAGCGGUGACAUGCCCCCACCGCUGCCCCCCAAGUCCCCGCACUUGCUGUCCCAUUUGCACAAGCCCGCUAUUCAGUCGCUCCCUCUUCCUCCCACCCCACCCCUUCCUCAGCCAGCGGCAGUGGUGGAGACCAGGAAGAAGAGAGCGGGCCGAGGCGGAGGACCUGGUGCUGGGAAGCUAGCUGUUCCUCCACAGCCACCAGCCAGAUCACCAACGACUGAACUUACGAGCAAGUCUGGAGUCUCAGCCUGGGCAGUUCAUGACCCCUACCCACCUCUUAAAAAUGGAAAUAUGCAUAUCAUUGAUGACUUUGAAUCUAAAUUUACUUUCCAUUCCGUGGAGGAUUUCCCCCCACCUGAUGAAUUCAAGCCAUUUCAGAAAAUAUAUCCCAGCAAGAUAGCUAGAGAUCCCUCUAAAAAUCCGCCAUUAAGAACACACGUGAGAUGA